AUGCCAAGUGAAAGAGACAACGAAUCUAGAUACUCUAAAAGUACAACUCGUACCGUGCGUACGACGCAUACCAGUGCUAGCAAUGCCACCAAGGCUUCAAAUGCAUCAGGAGCGUCUAUAUCUUCUGAACAAAGAUCUAAGGAAUAUUCGAGACAAAGGGAUAGAGAUGAGGGAAGGGAAAGGGAUAGGGAAAGAAAGGGAGAUAGUAGCAGAGAUCGAGAAAGGGAUAGAUACCCAUCCAGCAACCCAGUCCUAUCGAAAACAUCCUCUCGUGCACCCUCUGAAGCCCCCAGCAUAACACCCUCACAAAGUAUUAGUGUCUGUGCCCCACCAAAACAUCGCUCUUCCGACCAAAAAUCUCGAAGCGGAUCAAGUGCAGCAUCAUCCGCAACUAUAAAAUUAUCUCAUCGAAAAUCUUCCAGUAGCGAAGCACCCUCAAUCCGGUCAAAUUUACCCACUGUCCCCGAAGAUAGAACCAUCAUCGCAGAUCCCAAGAACGGGUAUCGAAGAUCCGUAAAUCCAAGUGAAGCCAACCAAAGUACCUACAGCUCUCGAACACAUGAAUCUAAUAGCAGUAGAAAAUCUCAAAGUAUCUACAAUCCCGCAGCAAGUCGUGCACCAACCGAAUUAUCCAACAUGUCUAAAGCGGAAAUCUCGCGUUAUAUGCCUGAUGCUCGUGAUUUUCAGGGGAUAAAAAAUAGACAUCGUAGUAUGGGAAGUGUAGCCGAUUCGGUCAUGAAUCAUAUGGAACGGAAGGCGGGGCGGGAUUUGGGUAAUACGUUGCUGCUUGAUGAGGAUGGUACGCCCAUAGGAGUAGCGGAAAUGAAGCUUGGUUCUAAAUAUGAUGAGGGAGGAUUAUUUGAGUUGAAUAGAGUGGAUGAGGGUGGUAAGAGGUUGUCGGAUAGGAGACACCGUCGUGGAGAUUCACCUGGUAGGAGUAACUAUUCUGAUAUGAGAUCCGAUUCUGGGAGAAGAACAGUAGUACCAGCUGACUAUCAAUUUUCUGAACGAGGUUCUUCUGUUUCUGAGAAUAGAUCUAAUUCUGAUAGAAGAACAGUAGUACCAGCUGACUAUCAAUUCUCUGAACGAGGUUCUUCUGUUUCUGAGAAUAGAUCUAAUUCUGAUAGAAGAACUCUAGUACCUGCUGGAUAUGAAUUCUCAGAUCGAGGUUCCUCAGUGUCUGGACAUAGUUCUCGUACACGAACUAGUGCAGCACCUUCCAGUUCAGCCUCGUCUGGGCGCAAAUACAAAACAAAGGAAGUCAGGCCAGACGGUUAUUAA